CCCCAAAUUUUCAACUAGUUGGGGUUUGGUGGUAUGUAUUUCUAGUUUGAGACUGAAAACAUAUUUGGGUAGUUGUCAAUAUUUUUCUAGUGAUGAAGCAAAUGGAAAGGAACUCCAUGUGUACCAUCUUCUCAAUAUCCUACUAUCGAUCUAUGUGAAUAAUAAUUAUUUGGAUGAAUCCCUGGCUGGCUGCGUCUACCGCAGAUAGAGCAGGAGGGGAGGUGAUAAUAUAUUAUGGUUGCUUUUGGGAAGAAGUUGAAGGAGAGGCAAAUUCGAGAAUGGGAACGGUACUACAUCAAUUACAAACUAAUGAAGAGGAAUGUUAAGAAGUAUGCUAAUCAAACUCAUGAAAUCGGACUUCUUGAUCCCCGUCAUGUCCUCAAGGAUUUCUCUCGCGUCUUGGACAAUCAGAUUGAAAAGACUGUUCUUUUCCUGCUGGAACAACAAGGCGAAUUUGCAAAGAGGAUUUCUCAACUCAAUGAACAGCAAGAUAUUCUUCAAGAGCAGCCUGAUAUUUGUAGAAUUCAAGAGCUUCGUGAGGCAUAUAAGGAUGUUGGACGCGAUCUUUUAAAGCUUCUCUUCUUUGUUGAAAUAAAUGCCAUUGGGCUUCGGAAGAUCCUUAAGAAAAUCGACAAACGGUUCGGCUACAAAUUUACUGACUACUAUGUUAAAACUCGGGCCAAUCAUCCUUAUUCUCAACUUCAGCAAGUUCUCAAGCAUGUGGGAUUAGGAGCAGUUGUAGGAGCAAUAUCUCGUAAUCUUGCAGAGCUUCAAGACCGGCAGGGAAGCUACUUGUCCAUUUAUGACCAGCCCGCUCUCCCCUUUCAGGAUUCUGUUGUUGACUCAAUAAAAGCAGCUGCUGACAAAUUAACUCAUUCAACAACUUUUCUCAACUUCUUGGGACAACAUGCACUUAUAAUGCAAGAAUAUAUACCUAUCCCAACUGAUCAGGAACACGAAGACGACUGUGAUCAGAAAUAUCAUUUUAUGUCCCUCCUUUUGAACCUGGGAAACACUUUCCUUUAUAUGGUGAAUACAUAUAUCAUCGUUCCAACGGCAGAUGACUACUCUAUGAGCCUUGGUGCUGCUGCAACAGUUUGUGGUAUUGUGAUUGGAGCAAUGGCCGUUGCGCAAGUUUUUUCAUCUGUUUAUUUCAGUGCUUGGUCUAACAAGUCUUACAUGAAGCCUUUGAUAUUUAGCAGUAUUGCUCUUUUCGUGGGAAAUGUCAUGUAUGCAUUAGCAUAUGACCUCAAGUCAAUAACAAUUCUUCUUAUUGGUCGCUUAUUUUGUGGGUUGGGUUCUGCCAGAGCUGUGAACCGAAGAUAUAUCAGUGAUUGUGUGCCAAUUAAGACCCGGAUGAAAGCUUCGGCUGGUUUUGUGAGUGCUAGUGCUCUUGGAAUGGCAUGUGGUCCUGCACUUGCAGGGCUGCUCCAAACGAAUUUCAAGAUUUCCAAGCUAACAUUCAACCAAAACACUUUACCUGGUUGGGUUAUGGCUUUGGCAUGGUUAAUGUAUCUGGUAUGGUUAUGGAUCUCCUUCAAAGAACCUUCCCGCGAAUCAAAAGAAUCUAAUUCUGGGGAUCAUAUUCAUAGUGAACCUGAAAAGGGUACAACGCAACCACUGCUGUUAAAAUCUGAGGAAGUGAAAGACGUUGAGGGUGAUCAAGAAUGUGAUGGGAGUGAAGAGGGUGAAGAGUCUCACAAACCAGCCAACUCUAUAGCAUCAGCAUACAGUUUGCUCACUCCUUCAGUGAAAGUUCAACUGUUGAUAUACUUCAUGCUGAAAUACGCUAUGGAGAUUUUACUUUCUGAAUCGAGUGUUGUUACAUCAUACUACUUUCACUGGUCAACCAGCACCGUGGCUAUUUUUCUUGCCUGCCUUGGCCUAACUGUUCUUCCAGUAAAUAUUGUUGUCGGUAGUUACAUAAGCAACAUGUCGGAAGACAGGCAAAUUUUGUUGGUUUCUGAGAUUAUGGUCUGCGUAGGAAUUCUCUUUAGUUUCCAAGUAAUAAUCCCAUAUUCUGUGCCACAAUAUGUCAUUUCGGGCCUCAUCAUGUUUGUAUCUGCAGAGGUACUUGAAGGUGUGAACUUGUCGCUCCUCUCUAGAGUGAUGUCAUCCCGGUUGUCGAGAGGAACCUUCAAUGGGGGGCUGUUGUCAACAGAAGCAGGCACGAUUGCUCGUGUUAUAGCAGAUGCAACAAUAACCCUUGCAGGGUAUUUGGGGGAGGGCAGGCUCUUAAAUGCCACUCUUUUCCCUUCUCUUCUUAUUUGCAUUGCGUCCAUUAUCGCAACCUGCCUUACCUACAAUUCAUUGUAUUGAUUUUUUGCAUUUUUCACAGUAAUUUCAUCUCAAUUCCAUUCUUUUUGUUUGUCAUUUUUUUGUUGUUCAUCUGUAGAUUUAACAUUUUAUGUUUAUGAAUUCAAUAUUUUCACUUCAAAGAGCAUUCAUAAAGUCACUAAGGGGCU